AUGGAAAAAUUAUUCAUCACUCCAAAACGGAAAAGUAGCUAUCGCAGUGAUUCGGAGCCGUCACCAGAAGAUAAAAGACUGAAAGAGUCUAAUUCUCCGGCUAAGAUAUCGUGUGGCGAAGACGAGGUCAUGGAAGCACUCGGAUCCAAAAUAGAUUUAGUGUUAUCGAAGCUUUCUAACCUGGAAACAAAAAUGGAAGAACUGAACGCAGCAGUCAAAGGUCUACAAAGCAAGGUAACGUCUUUGGAGAGAGAAGUAGAUUCAGUGAAAACGAAGCAGAAAACCUUAGACGAAUACUUCACUUCAAUGGAACAAAGUUCUGUAUUCGUUGACGAGCAAGUACAAGACCUGAUAGCUAAGACUAAUAAAAACAAUGACGACGUCAGCGAUACACGUAGAAAACUGUUAUACUUGGAGGCCUACAGUCGACGCGAAAACUUGAAAUUUGAAGGCAUCCCCGAAACUUUCGCUUCGAGCGAAGAAGAGGGAGCUAUUUAUUUCAUUCAAACCGCACUCGAUUUUUAUACCCGGCUCAUUUUCAUAUUUUAA